GCGUUUAAAUACUUUAAACAAGUGUGCAAUGAUGAAACUAGAAAUCAGCCCACACAGGAAACGGAGUGAAGAUUCAGAUGAAGAUGAGCCUUGUGCAAUCAGUGGAAAGUGGAUGUUCCAGCGAGAGAGCAAAAGGUGGUCCAGACUGGAAGAAUUUAACAUUUUCCCUCCAAAGUUCGAUAUGAAUUCCACAUCCCUGGAAGUGGCUCAUCUUAGCAAUGCAACCAGUCAUGAGAGCAUGCUGAUGGAGCAGAGCGAACAUCCCGAGGUAACUUCCAUCCACAGCAUGAGCAGCAACAACAGCCAGCCAACUACCUCCCAGGGCGACGUAGUCACCACCAGGACAAACUCGGUCAUUAGCAUCACCUCUUCGGGAAAGCUUGUGGAAAACGAGGGCAGCCUGCCCUCCACCAAAGUGUUAUCAAGUUUUGGUGGCAGUGUGAAAGCCAACGAGAAGAACACCAAAUCCAAAACGAGAAGCCUGCUAAAGAGGAUGGAAAGCCUAAAAAUCAAAGGCUCCCAUCACGGGAAGGGUAAAACUCCGUCCAAGCUUGGCCUGAUCAUCAGCGGUCCGAUUUUGCAAGAAGGCCUGGGUGAAGAGAAACUGAAGCAACUCAAUUGCGUGGAGAUCUCCACCCUCAACGGCAACCACAUCAAUUUCCCCAUGGUCCGCAAAAGAAGCGUUUCCAAUUCCACGCAGACCAGCAGUAGCAGCAGCCAGUCGGAGACGAGCAGCGCGGUUAGCACCCCCAGCCCCAUCACAAGGACACGUAGCCUGGGCGCCUACAAUAAGCGGGUGGGGAUGUACCUGGAAGGCUUCGAUCCUUUCAACCAAUCAACGUUUAAUGAUGUCAUGGAACAGAACUUUAAAAACAGGGACAGCUUUGCGGAAGAUACGGUCUUCUUCAUCCCUGAAGACCACAAACCUGGAACGUUCCCCAAAGCCCUCUCCAAUGGCAAUUUUGCUCCACCAAAGAGUAGCCCGGUGAACUGGAGAACGGGAAGCUUCCAUGGACACGGGCAUCUUUCUCUCCGGCGUGAGAACAGCUCUGACAGCUCCAAAGACAUGAGCCUAGGAAGGAGACGCAACUCCUCCAGUUCGGUCUGCAGCCGGCUCAGCAUUUAUGACAACGUGCCCGGUUCCAUAUUGUAUUCCAGCACAGGAAAUCUGGCCGAUCUGGAGAACGAGGACCUCUUUCCUGAACUCGACGACAUCCUAUAUCAUGUCAAAGGCAUGCAGAAAAUUGUGAACCAGUGGUCAGAGAAAUUUUCUGACGAAGGGGACUCUGAUUCAGCUUUGGACUCCAUUUCUCCAUGCCCUUCGUCUCCCAAGCAAAUCCUGCUAGAUGUGGACAACGACAGGACCAUACCUAGUGAUCUGGACAGCACGGGGAAUUCACUGAAUGAAACAGAGGAGGCCGUAGGAAUCCAGGAGAGAAGGGAUUCUGGGGUGGGGGCAUCAUUGACCCGCUCCAACAGGCACAGAAUGAGGUGGCAUAGCUUCCAGAGUUCCCAUCGACCCAGCUUAAGUUCAGUUGCCUUACAGAUCGACUGUCAGUCCGUUGCACAGAUGAACUUGCUGCAGAAGUAUUCCCUCCUGAAAUUAACCGCGCUCUUGGAGAAAUACACCCCUUCCAACAAACACGGCUUCAGCUG